AUGCCGAACAAGUGGAACAAAAUCAAGGACGCCGUCCUUCAACAUGCAAAUGGUUACAAAAAGCUAGUGCGACCAAGUGUUGCCCUCCACAAAACCGCUUUCCCGAAGACUGCGGCAGAUCUCGAGAGUCUAGGAGUGCGUUUCGACUUCGCAGGCACUAUUGAGGAAAACGGGAAGAAAUUCCACAGAUUCCAGGUUCAGGUAAAUUCGGGUAACAAGAUCCCAACUUCCUGGAAGCAGUGGAGACAAAAACACGAAAAAGGGACACACGGAAUCGUUGCAACUGUCAAAAUCCCCGACGGUGGCACUAAGGAAGAUGUCCAGGCGGCUCUUGACGCUGUCGAUAGUGAGAUCGACUAG